AUAUAUUGGAUAUGAUUUAAAGGACGAGCAUCCAUCCAUCAGCCAUCCAUCUAGAAAUCACAGCACAGCACAGAUCAGUAAUCCUGUAAGGUUUCCUCGUAGCUAUGCACUGAAGAUGUGUGCAGCAAGGUUCAGCGGAUGCCUCAAUGGCUGUGCAGAGGAGGCCCCCGGUGGUGCUGCUGGGGGGCCCGCCGGUCCGGUCAUUGCCUCCAGGAUGCUGGACUGGACAGAGGCAGGUCCACGCAUCCUCCACAGCCUGGAGAUGGGCACAGUGAUGACCAUCUUCUACCAGAAGAAAUCCCAGCGUCCUGAGAGGAGAACCUUCCAGAUCAAGCAGGACACCAGGCAGAUAGUGUGGUGUCGAAACCCGGACAAAUUAGAAGGAGAGAUCGACAUACGAGAGAUCCGGGAGCUGCGGUUGGGAAAGGGCUCCCGCGAUUUUGAGCGCUACCCGGAGGAGGCUCGUAAACUGGACUCCGCCCUCUGCUUCAUUGUGCUGUACGGCCUGGAGUUUCGCCUCAGGACGCUCAGUGUUGCUGCGUUUAGCGAGGAGGAGGUCAACAUGUGGAUCACUGGUCUCAACUGGUUGAUGACGGACACUCAGAGAGCUCCUGCACCACAGCAGAUAGACAGAUGGCUGCGGAAACAGUUUGAAGCCAUGGACAGGAACCACGAGGGCAGUAUCACAGUGAAGGAGGUGAAAGCUCUGCUGCCUCAGAUCAACUACAGAGUUCCCAACAUGCGCUUCCUCAAAGACAAGCUGCAGGAGGUGGAGGCCAGGUGUGAUCUGUCAUACCCGAACUUUGCACAGCUCUACAGAACGCUGAUGUUUGACGCACAGAAGAGCAUUAUUGAGCAGCUGGAGCUCUCCUUCCCUCUGCGGAACGUUGACAGACCCGAGCUUUGUCAGAUCUCUCUCUACGACUUCCAGAAGUUUUUACAGAUGGACCAAAAGGAGUCCUGGGCGUCAGAUCUGAGUCGUGUCCGAGAGUUCCUGGUUGGUUACAUGAGAGGAGCGACUCAGCCUGAGCCGAUGCUGCAGCUCGACGAGUUCCUGACCUUCCUGUUCUCUAAAGAGAAUUCGGUGUGCGACCCUCGACUCGCCCCCGUCGUACCCGAUGACAUGAAAAGGCCGCUGUCACAGUACUGGAUCUCCUCAUCGCACAACACAUACCUGACAGGUGAUCAGUUCUCCAGUGAAUCAUCUCUAGAAGCCUACGCUCGCUGCCUGCGGAUGGGCUGCCGCUGCAUUGAACUGGACUGCUGGGACGGACCCGACGACCUGCCGAUCAUCUACCACGGACACACCUUAACCUCCAAAAUCAAGUUCCUGGACGUUCUUCACACCAUUAAAGAGCACGCCUUCGUCACGUCUGAGUAUCCUGUGAUUCUCUCCAUCGAGGAUCACUGCAGCGUGGUCCAGCAGAGGAACAUGGCGACACACUUUAAGAAGGUUUUUGGAGAUCUGCUUCUCACCAAACCGAUCGAUAACAACGCAGAGGAGCUUCCGUCUCCUCACCAGCUCCGCAGGAAGAUCCUCAUCAAGCACAAGAAGCUGGUGGAGGGAACUCUGUAUGAAGAGGUGACGUCCGCCAGCUACUCUGAAAACGACAUCAGCAACUCUCUGAAGAACGGCAUCCUGUACCUGGAAGACCCCAUCGACCACACAUGGACUCCACACUACUUUGUCCUAACCAGUAAUAAAAUCUACUACUCGGAGGAGACGUCUCACUACCAGACAACGACUGAUGAAGAGGAGGAGGAUGAAGGCAAAGAGUUGUCGAUCCAGCAGGAGUGUAACAACAACGAGCAGCACUGUGCCGAGCGCUGGUUUCACGGGAAGUUGGGCGGAGGACGAGAUGGACGUCAGGUGGCGGAGAAGCUCCUGCAGGAAUACUGUGAGGGCGGAGCCAAAGACGGCACCUUCCUGGUCCGAGAGAGCGAGACCUUCGUUGGAGACUACACGCUGUCGUUCUGGCGUUCCGGCCGCGUGCAGCACUGCAGGAUCCAUUCCCGUCAGGAGUCCGGCUCCACUCGUUUCUACCUGACGGACAACCUGGUGUUCGACAGCCUGUACCGCCUCAUCUGCCACUACAGAGACACUCCUCUACGCUGCAACGAGUUUGAGAUGAGGCUCGGAAACCCGGUGCCUCAACCCAACGCGCACGAGAGCAGAGAGUGGUAUCACUCCAGUCUGUCGCGGGUUCAGGCCGAGCACAUGCUGAUGCGUGUGCCGAGAGACGGAGCGUUCCUGGUGAGGAAACGCAGCGAACACAACUCCUACGCCAUCUCCUUCAGGGCGGAGGGGAAGAUCAAACACUGUCGUAUCCAGCAGGAAGGACGUCUCUUCAUGUUGGGGAGCUCAGCAGAGUUUGAGAGUCUGGUGGAUCUGGUGAGCUACUACGAGAAGCAUCCUCUGUACCGAAAGAUGAGGCUCCGCUACCCCAUCAACGAGGACACGCUGGACCGGAUGGGGACCACGGAGCUCGACUACGGAGCGCUGUAUGAGGUCCGAACUCCUCAUUUCUACGUCGAAGCCAAUAAGAUGCCGACAGCUCGGUGUACGGUCAAAGCUUUGUACGACUAUCGAGCUCAGAGAGAAGACGAGCUGUGUUUCCCCAAACAGGCGCUCAUCCUCAGUGUGGACAAGCAGGAAGGAGGCUGGUGGAGAGGCGACUACGGAGGGAAGAAACAGCUGUGGUUUCCUGCUAACUAUGUGGAGGAGGUUCCCAGUUCUCCCACCAGAGAGCUCGAUGAAGUGUCCACAGAGAACAGUCCUCUGGGUACGUUCCUUAAAGGCUUCAUCGAUGUACCAACCUGCCACGUCGUGGUGCAUAAAGACGGGAAGAACUCUCGGCCCUUCGUGUUUACCAUCCAGUCCCAGCAGCUGUCGUCUCACCCGGUCCAGACUCUGGACGCUGCGGCCGAUACUCUGGACGACCUCACCGCCUGGGUCGGCAAGAUCCGGGAAGCCACGCAGAACGCCGACGCUCGGAUGCAGGAGGAGAAGCAGAUGGAGAGGAGGAAGAAGAUAGCGGUGGAGCUGUCGGAGCUGGUGGUUUACUGCCGUCCCGUCCCGUUCAACGAGGACAAAAUCGGGACGGAGAGAGCGUGUUACCGGGACAUGUCUUCCUUCCCUGAGACGAAGGCGGAGAAGUUUGCGACGCGUGGCCGAGGGAAACGCUUCCUGCAGUAUAACCGCCGGCAGCUGUCCAGAGUUUAUCCUCGGGGACAGAGGCUGGACUCGUCUAACUACGACCCGCUGCCCAUGUGGCUCUGCGGCUCCCAGCUGGUUGCGCUCAACUUCCAAACUCCAGAUAAACCCAUGCAGCUAAACCAGGCCUUGUUCCUGCUCGGAGGCGGGAGCGGCUACGUCCCUCAGCCGGACAUCAUGAGGGACGACACCUUCGACCCGUUCGACAAGGACACGCUGCACAUGGAGCCCAUCACCAUCCAGUUACAGGUGGUUGGAGCCCGUCAUCUCCCUAAAAAUGGCCGCAGCAUCGUGUGUCCCUUCGUGGAGGUGGAGAUCUGUGGAGCUGAUUACGACUGCUGCAAGUGUAAAACAGACGUUGUAGCUGAUAACGGUCUGAAUCCAGUGUGGGUGCAGAAGCAGUUCAUGUUUGACAUCCACAACCCGACCUUCUCCUUCCUGCGCUUCACCGUCUACGAGGAGGACAUGUUCAGUGACCCCAACUUCCUGGCGCAGGCGACAUACCCGGUCCGUCUGCUACGAACAGGCUACAGGAGCAUCCCUCUGAAGAACAGCUACAGUGAAGAGCUGGAGCUGGCUGCACUUCUGGUUCACAUAGAGAUCGUCAAUGCAAAGGAGGAAGACGAUGAGAACUUGUACACGUCCAUCCAGCGGCUGCGGGAUCGAACCAGCGAGCUGUCCAAUCAGGUGUCUCUGCUGGAGCGCUCGGGCUCUGCGGACCUCAGCUACCAGCAGAGUCUGGAGGAGCUGCGAGCGGCUCAGGAUCAGCUGAGCGAGCUGGUGGAGGCUCGGAACCGCAGGCUGAUAGAGAAGAAGAGGAGAGAGAGGCUGAGACAGCAGGUGGCAGCAAAGCGCAGCUAAUCCUCCUGUCCACCAGAGGGCGCCAAACUCCACCGAACAAACAGUGCCUGACACUCGCUGCCGCCGGUGCUGUGCGGCGACGGCCCCGAGAGAACAACAGGCUCCUUCACAGCAGCGACAUGCAAUCAUAUAA